UGUACCAAAAUUGUCUUUGUUUUGACCUGUUUUAUUCUUUCUUUUUUUUUUUUCCAUAAAAAGAACCUUCCUUUCCCCGUUUUUCCACAGCUUCUUAUCUAUACAAACACAAAUACAAAAAAGCCGUCAUAUUUUCUUGAACUUUCUUUCAAAGUUCACAGCUUUAAGGGUAAUAUCUUCUUCAGUUUGAUCAAAAACUUGCCUUGACUUGGGCCAUUGAUUGAUGGAGAACACUGAAACUGGUUCCUUUUUGAGGAACAGAAGAUUAGAGAGCUUCCUUGAUAAAAAUUCUGGUCCCAAUGUGAAAAAAACACUGAAAAUUUCGAGCAAAGAAGUAGCAAGGCAGAGGCCUACAACUGAUGCUUUUGUUGAUGAUGAUGGAUGGAUUUCUACACUGAUAUCUUGUGUAAGGCUUGUUACAUGUUUCCUGACAAUGAUGGUCACAACAACCAUUUGGACAAUAAUCAUCCUGUUGCUCCUUCCUUGGCCUUCCCAGAGAAUCAGGCAAGGAAAUAUUUGUGGCCAUGUGACUGGUAGAUUGAUGAUGUGGAUCUUAGGAAAUCCUAUAAAGAUUGAAGGAAAAGAGUUCUCCAAUGAGAGAGCCAUUUACAUCAGUAAUCAUGCAUCUCUAAUAGACGUUUUCCUCGUUAUAUGGUUGACUCCAACAGGGACUGUUGGCAUUGCAAAGAAAGAGAUCAUAUGGUAUCCCCUAUUCGGACAACUAUAUGUUUUAGCAAAGCAUCUCCGCAUUGAUCGAUCAAAUCCUAGUGCAGCCAUUCAGUCCAUGAAAGAGGCAGUUCAGGCUGUCAUAAAACACAACCUGUCUUUGAUCAUUUUUCCUGAGGGCACAAGGUCCAAAAAUGGACGACUUCUCCCCUUUAAAAAGGGUUUUGUUCAUUUAGCCUUGCAGUCUGGCCUUCCAAUAGUUCCAAUGGUCUUGACUGGUACUCAUCGAGCAUGGAGGAAAGGGUUGAUGACUACAUUAAAAUGGUACAUGAUAUAUAUGUCGAAAACCUCCCUGAGCUUCAAAAACCUGUUGUAUCCGAAGACACCAAGAACAGUUCCAGAUCAUAAUUUAAGACGCCUAUGUUUUUGUAAUUCUAGAGUCCUAUUCACACCCAUGUUAAAUGCAACAAUAAGCCUAGUUGAACCUUUAAAUCUUCCUUAAAAAAGUAUUUUCAAGGUUUUUCUGAAUGUGUUCACUUAUAAUUUAUAUAUGAUGAAAUUAUCAAUUUUGUCUGACAAAAAAGAGUAUCUUUCCUUGGAUCCAUCACUGUGUAUAAUAUUGUUAAGACUCUAGCAAUUGCCAGAUCAGGUUCAAUAGGUUUUGGAAUUUUCAGCCAUGGACAUGGGAGUGAUCCAUGGCAGGUUUUCAG